CCCCCCACCACCACUUUCCACCUCCGCCUGGAAUUCUGUCAGCUCAGCGCGCGCUCCCGAGGAGGGCGUGCGCCUGCGUGAGGAGGAGGGUUGGUCGGUCGCGUGAGGGAUGGGGGGGAGAGGCGACUGAGUGGUGUGUGCGUGUGUGUGCGGGCGCGCGCGGGGCUGUUGCUGCUGGCUGCCGCGGCGCUUCUGUUCUGUGUCUAUGUGUGUCUGCGAGGCGACCAGGAGCCCUCGAGCCCGGCGCUGGGACCGGCCCGCCAUGGAGUGAGCCGCCGACCAACCGGCCGGCCAGCCGCCGCCGCCCCCUUCUCCUGUCCUUUCUUCCCGCGCAGGAGAAGGACCUGACGGAGUCCGAGGAGGCGGAGGUGCCACCAGAGUGGGGAAGGAGCUCGCCCGCCCGCUCGCUCGCCCGCCGGGCUCGGCGCUGCGGAGCCAUGGCGGCGCCGCGGGGAGCUUGGCGGCUCCUCGGCUCUUUCUGGCUGGCUCUCCUCUUCGGCCAGCGCCCCGGCGCCGCCGCCGCCGCUUCCAGGAGCAGCUCUUCGCCGCCGCAGCAGCAGAACCUCCCGCCCGCAGCACCCACAGUGAGGACUUUCACUCAAUUUUAUUUCACUGUGGAGCCAAUGGACACUCUCUCAGUUAGAGCGGCUUCUGUUAUAUUGAAUUGUUCAGCUUUUUGUGAGUCAUCUCCGAAAAUUGAAUGGAAGAAGGAUGGGACUUUCUUAAACUUGGUAUCAGAUGACCGACGCCAGCUGCUACCCGAUGGAUCUUUAUUAAUUAACAGUGUGGUGUAUUCCAAACACAGUAAGCCUGAUGAAGGGCAUUAUCAAUGUGUUGCAACUGUGGAAAGCCUUGGGACCAUUGUAAGCAGAACAGCUAAGCUCACAGUAGCAGGGUUUCCAAGAUUCACCAGUCAGCCAGAGUCAGCAUCUGUCUACAGAGGAAACAGUAUAGUUCUUAACUGUGAAGUCAAUGCUGAUUUAGCGCCCUUUGUGAGGUGGGAGCUAGAUCAUCAGCCGCUCUUUCCGGAUGACCGUGUUUUCAAGUUACCAAGUGGAGCUCUAAUUGUUAGCAAUGCUACAGAUGAAGAUGGCGGAACAUAUUGUUGUCUGAUAGAAACUGGUGGUUCUCCCAAAUACAGUGCUGAGGCAGAGAUUAAAGUUCUUCCAGUUUUCCUGGUCACAAUGUUUGCAGAGUCGGAGAUUUCCUCAAAUCUGGUGUUCCUGAGACAGCCUUUUUCACUUACAAAAGUGACUGGACAAAGUGCAGUUUUACCAUGUGUUGCUGCAGGCAUUCCCAUCCCUGUUAUCAAAUGGACAAGAAAUGGAGAAGAGCUUAUUACAGAAGGCAUUCAAAGGUUAUUAGUGUUGGCUGGAGGGACUCUGAAGAUCAACGAUAUCACAGAAGAUGAUGCUGGAACAUAUACCUGCAUUGCCGAUAAUGGGAAUGAAACAAUUGAAGCUCAAGCAGAUCUUACUAUACAGGUGCCUCCUGAGUUUCUGAAACAACCUUCUAAUAUCUAUGCUCAUGAAUCCAUGGAUAUUGUGUUUGAGUGUGAUGUGAUUGGAAAACCAACUCCAACAGUGAAAUGGGUGAAGAAUGGAGAUGUGGUGAUUCCUAGUGACUACUUUAAAAUUGUAAAGGAGCAUAAUCUACAGGUUUUGGGUUUGGUGAAAUCGGAUGAAGGAUUUUAUCAGUGCAUUGCAGAAAAUGAUGUGGGAAACAUACAGGCUGGAGCCCAGCUGAUAAUACUUGAUCAUGAUGUUGCCAUCCCAACAUUACCUCCCACUUCACUGACCAGUGCCACUACUGACCAUCUAGCACCAGCUGCAACUGGACCAUUGCCCUCUGCUCCUCGAGAUGUUGUGGCUUCCCUUGUCUCUACCCGCUUCAUUAAACUGACCUGGAGGACACCUGCAUCUGAUCCACAUGGAGACAAUCUCACAUAUUCAGUAUUCUACACCAAGGAAUCUAUAAAUAGGGAGCGUAUUGAAAACACAAGUCAUCCUGGGGAGAUGCAAGUGACAAUUCAAAACCUGUUGCCUGAGACAGUAUAUGUUUUCAGAGUUGUAGCACAGAACAAACAUGGACCUGGAGAAAGUUCGGUACCACUGAAAGUGGCAACUCAACCUGAGGUUCAGCUUCCUGGCCCAGCACCCAACAUUCGGGCAUAUGCAAACUCACCCACAUCAAUUACUGUCAGUUGGGCAACACCCUUAUCUGGCAAUGGUGAAAUCCAGAACUACAAACUAUACUAUAUGGAGAAGGGGACAGACAGUGAACAGGACACUGAUGUUGGAGGCCUUUCCUAUACAGUAAAUGCUUUGAAAAAAUACACAGAGUAUAGUUUUCGAGUGGUAGCCUACAACAAACAUGGUCCUGGAGUUUCUACACAAGAUGUUGUUGUCCGAACUCUUUCAGAUGUUCCCAGUGCUGCACCCCAGAAUCUCUCCCUUGAAGUGCAAAACUCCAAGAGCAUUAUGAUGCAUUGGCAGCCUCCUCCUGCAGGAACACAGAAUGGGCAAAUCACUGGCUAUAAGAUUCGCUACCGAAAAUUGACUCGCAAAAGUGAUGUAACUGAAAAAAUGGUUGGGACACAACUUGCUCAGCUAAUUGAAGGUCUGGAGCGAGGUACAGAAUACAGCUUUCGGGUGGCUGCCUUAACAGUUAAUGGUACAGGAAUACCCACUGAUUGGGUUUCAGCAGAAACAUUUGAAAGUGACCUUGAUGAAUCUCGUGUUCCAGAAGUUCCAAGCUCCCUGCAUGUCCGUCCACUUGUAACAAGUAUUGUUGUGAGCUGGACUCCACCAGAAAACCAGAACAUUGUUGUCAGAGGCUAUGCUAUAGGAUAUGGUGUAGGCAGCCCACAUGCACAGACCAUCAAGGUGGAUUAUAAGCAACGAUAUUACACUAUUGAGAACUUGGAUUCCAGUUCCCAUUAUGUCAUAACACUGAAAGCCUAUAACAAUGUUGGGGAAGGAAUCCCGCUCUAUGAGAGUGCAGUAACCCGGGCUUCUACAGACACUUCUGAAGUUGAUUUAUUUGUUGUUAAUGCUCCGUACACUCCAGUGCCAGAUCCCUCCCCCAUGAUGCCACCUGUGGGAGUUCAGGCUUCUAUACUGAGCCAUGACACCAUACGAAUUACCUGGGCAGACAACUCUCUGCCAAAGAACCAGAAGGUCUCAGAUGCCCGAUACUACACAGUCCGCUGGAAAACCAACAUUCCUGCAAACACAAAGUACAAGACUGCAAACACAACAACUUUAAGCUUCUUAGUGACUGGCUUAAAACCCAACACCUUGUAUGAGUUUUCAGUGAUGGUGACUAAAGGCCGAAGAUCAAGUACUUGGAGUAUGACAGCACAUGGAACCACCUUUGAAUUAGUUCCAACUUCUCCCCCAAAGGAUGUGACAGUUGUGAGCAAAGAAGGAAAACCACGAACUAUCAUAAUCAACUGGCAGCCUCCAUCUGAAGCCAAUGGCAAAAUUACAGGGUACAUCAUUUACUAUAGCACAGAUGUCAAUGCUGAAAUACAUGAUUGGGUCAUUGAGCCAGUAGUAGGAAAUAGACUGACCCACCAGAUUCAAGACUUAACAGUUGACACAGCAUAUUAUUUCAAAAUUCAGGCCCGCAACUCCAAAGGCAUGGGUCCCAUGUCAGAGGCAGUGCAGUUCAGAACACCUAAAGCUGAAUCUUCAGAUAAAAUGUCUAAUGAUCAAGCGUUGGGGUCUGCAGGAAAAGGAAAGCCAAUGGAUGUUGGGACAGACUAUAAAACACCUAUGAGUGGCAGUAACAGCCCUCAUGGAAGCCCUUCCCCUCUGGAAUACAAUAUGCUUCUGGUCAUAAUUGUCUCUGUAGGAGUGAUCACCAUUGUGGUGGUGGUGAUUGUUGCCAUCUUCUGCACUCGUCGCACUACUUCUCACCAGAAGAAGAAGCGAGCUGCCUGCAAAUCAGUGAAUGGGUCCCAUAAAUACAAAGGGAAUUCCAAGGAUGUCAAGCCCCCUGACCUUUGGAUUCAUCAUGAGAGGCUGGAGCUGAAGCCCAUUGAUAAAUCUCCAGAUCCCAAUCCAAUCAUGACUGACACCCCAAUCCCUCGUAAUUCGCAAGACAUCACACCAGUUGACAAUUCUAUGGACAGCAAUAUCCAUCAAAGACGGAAUUCAUAUAGAGGACACGAGUCCGAGGAUAGUAUGUCCACACUUGCAGGAAGAAGGGGGAUGAGACCAAAAAUGAUGAUGCCAUUUGAUUCUCAACCACCUCAGCCUGUGAUUAGUGCUCAUCCCAUCCAUUCCCUUGAUAACCCCCACCAUCAUUUCCACUCCGGCAGCCUCGCUUCUCCAACCUGCAACUAUCUCCAUCAUCAAGCAAAUCCAUGGCCAGUUGGCACAUCUGUAUCCCAUUCAGACAGGGCUAAUUCCACAGAGUCUGUUCGGAAUACUCCCAGCACAGAUACCAUGCCAGCUUCCUUGUCUCAGACAUGUUGUACAGAACAUCAAGAGCCAGAAAGUGCCACAGGAACUUAUCUGCCCAGUACGCAGGAGGAGGAGACAGGGCAAAACCUUCCUACUGCCCAUGUUCGUCCCUCUCAUCCUCUGAAGAGCUUUGCUGUGCCAGCAGUGCCACCCACAGGAGGAACCUAUGAUCCUGCCUUGCCAAGCACACCUUUAUUAUCCCAGCAAGCUUCUAGCCAUCCAGUUCAUUCAGUGAAGACUGCAUCAAUUGGCACCCUAGGGAGAACUCGGCCUCCUAUGCCUGUCGUGGUCCCAAGUGCCCCUGAAGUGCAGGAAACCACAAAGAUGCUUGAAGACACGGAAAGUAAUUAUGAACCGGAUGAGCUGACCAAAGAGAUGGCCCACCUGGAAGGACUAAUGAAGGACCUUAAUGCCAUCACAACAGCAUGACCACCUUCCAAGACAUGACUCCAAAUCCUGGUUCACAGGUCUUGGGACUUAGCCUUGGAGCACAAGGAAAUGUACGAAGACUAAGGGACAGCACAAGAGGGACAGGCAGCCAGCCGCAGCAUCAGUGCCAGGGCUGGUUAACCAAGUGACUUUUCUAUUCAGUGCCCUGAAAUGAACCUGUUGGAAAGUUGGAUUCCACUUCCUGCUGAGAUGACACAAGGAAGGGAUGGGGAAAUGCAUCAAGCUGAUGAAAUUCAGUAUCCAGACAAAGAAGUGGACUUAGCAUUAAUUUGAGUCAGGUUUUUGUCUGGGUGCUGUAUCUUCCUUGCUUUUUCAGUGUUGGACAUUCACAGUUAUGUACAAUUUUAUUUGUGUGUUUUUAUUUUAUUGUAUCUUUUUUUAUUAAAAAAAAAAAGUGUAAUCCGAAGAAAAUUGUGGUGUUUCCCACAGCCUAGACGGAUGUUUGCUUGUUCUAUUGUGUAUGGGAAUUCAUUGCCAGUGUGGGUUGUUCAGUUUUUGUUUAAGUGUGUGUGUAUAAUUACAUCACUUUCCAGCAUUUAAUCCAUGGCCUUGGGGGAUGCUGCAUUGCUAUUUGUAAGCUUUUUUUUUUUAUUUUUAUAUAUUAUAAUUGAAAGCCUGACUAGCUUCUCUCUCAUCACUGUGAGAUUAAUUAAUCUGUUGGAUUGAAAUAUAACACUGAGAAACGUUCUUUUUGUGCAGUUUUAGUUUGGGGUGUGGGUAGGGAUGAGGCAGGAAGCCACAGAGUGGUAGAAAGUUUUAUUGUUUCCCUGGGAAUGGUUCAGUGCAGUACAGCUGAAUCCAUGUGAGUAGUCCCAAUCAUCCCCAGUAUGUGCCAAGAUGGACAAAUGUAAUGUGUGAACCAAAGCAAUUCCCUUGAUCACAGUAGCUGGGAAAACUCCCAUAAUCAUGGGAAUGACGACCUACUUAACAUCUGUGAUCACUCAGUUUGCACAUUACCUUUAUUCAUGUUAUAUGCAUACCACAGAAUUGGCCUUGGCAUUGUUCAUGUGGACAAAAAAAGAAGCGUGAUACAGCUUGAAGUCACAGACAGAAAAAGUAUCUCUGGCUACUGAAUUGCCGGGGUAUUUAUUUGAGAAAUACCCUCCUCUUAUAACAGAAACCCCUUUAAAUUCAAAUGCCACAGUAGCUUUUAGCAGCAGCACUUUCUUAAUUCUAUAUUACGUUUGAAUUAUUCGUACCUCUUGACAUUUGUAUUACAUCUUGAUUCCAGAAUGUCUAAUGUACAGAAGUCCUUUUGUAGAUGGGGCACCCUUCUCUGUAGCCGAGAGAAAACUUUUGUAAACUUUGGACCUCUUCUUUUCAACUUGUUUAUCACAGCACAGAACCUGAGUAUAAUACAACACAGUUUCUGUAAGAUGUAACGUAAUAUGCUUCACCAUACGAGGCAUGCCAUGCAAGGUUUUCAGAAGCACCUUCAGUGUGUCUCUCUCAGAAUUUCCUGUUAAGCGAGUAAAUACAAUUUCCCAAAUACAAAACAGAGAGGUUUCAUUUCCUAUGCUUGUUUGCAGCCCAGAAUGACACAGCACCAUACUUCACUGUCACCUUAGAGACAAACUAGAUGACCUAACCUAUCACCUAUAUCAUUGCAGUUCUGUCUAAGGGCAGGUUCGCACAACUGCCUGGAAGUAAAAAAGCCAGAAAUCAAUGGUUCCUAAUGAGCAUGGACUCCAAGCAAGCAUGUUGUCUGAAGCCACCAACUGCCAGUUCUCAUACUGAGAUUCUCCCAACUUCCACCUGACUUCUGUAACCAAGAUUUGACAUUGGGUUUGUUUGGGUGAAAGAGGAAGUUGGGUGAAAGAGGAAGUUGGGUGAAAUUCAGUAACAUGGUGCAGGAACCAGCAGUUAGUGGCUUCACACGAUGCACCCAAUGUUGCUUACCAACUUUUGGGCAAUUGUGUGAACCCCAAAAUUUUCUGCAAAUCAAUGUUUGCCUCAAGAGGGAAGUUAUUGGUAUCCACAGUAGCUUCUCCCCUGAAGCAAAUAGCUUCGCAGGGAAGGUUUUUGUUAGGACCACAGUAUCGGCUGGAAAGAUUUAAAUCCACCUCUACCUGUGGGAUUUGGAUUGGGGGUGGGUGGGUGUUGGUUGCUACUUUAAUGGCAUGUCUAGCUUGGUUGUGUAAGGAAAAACAAGCUGAUUUGUACAAAUCUCAACUUUUCUUGGAAUUCACAUAUACACAGUGAAUUCUACACAAGUUGUGGGGUAGGAAACAGGCCCAGAAGUUUUCUGUAGCAAAUCCACUCUGUGCUAGUGAUGGAGAGCCUAUAACUCUUACUGAUCUUCACUAUUUGGCAAAAAAAAUUAAAAAAUCAGUGUAAGAGCCAUUUCCCACUGUGCUGACCUCUGUGAAUGUUGUUCUUUCCCUAGUGCUGGCAGGGCAGCCUUCAAGAGAAAUAGAGCCCUGUCAAGCCCCAGCAUAGUCUUGGAAGAUCUGCACAGACUAGUGGGAAGUGUAGCACUUCCCAGCACCUUCCCCAUAGAGCUCUAUUGGUGAAACACAAUAAAGGACUACACUUCCCAGUGCUCUAUGUGCACCUUCCAAGAUGGUGCAGGGUCUCAAGAGGGCUGAUUUCCUUUAAAGGAGUGCCACUCACGCUGGGGAAAGUACAGCACUGCACUGUGGGUUACAGUUUCCUCUGUACAGUGCCAAGGGCACUAUGUAAAAUAUUUGGCUUCGGCUGAAACAAACAGGUAGCCACCCUUAAGGCCACUGGCUCCUGGACCUUAUAAGCUGAUCUGAGACAGGUUGUAUGAGGUCCUGUAACAGCACACAUGGUUUAAGUCUGGAACUAUAUGUUACUGGCCAACUUGAGUUUCCAAAUGACCAACCAUUUUUCUGAUGACAAAAUAUUGAAGAUGGUGUUAAUUUAUCCUAGUUAGUAGCUGCAACAUAUGGAUAAGAAUCACUAUGCUGGAUCCAGCUGGUAAGCCAUUUAUUUUUAAAACAAUAACUUAUUAACUUUUACAAUUGUAUAUUAUAUUUAAAAUACCAUGAGAAUAAAAACUAGCCCAUGUAGCUCAAUAUUUUGUCUUACCAUGGAGGCAAACCUUGGAAACAUUCGCAAAGCAUAGUAGGCAGUAUAGAUUACUCUUCUAGAUUACCAUAUUCUUCACUCUAGCAAAUGUCUAAGUCUAUAAAAAUAAGUCUAUAAAAAUAAGUCUAGCUACUUAUUUUUGGCUUGAGAAAUCAGUCAUAAUAUGAGCGAUUGGCACAUCUGGGAAAUAGGUAUUUGGUAAAAUUUAAAACAAACACAAGGUUUGGACAUUGACCUGGAUUUGGUUAUCUAUUUGGUGGAGCUCUUUUGCAUAUUUGUUUUGCAAAGGACAGGGUAAGUGCGUGUACACACAUUCACCCUCCUGAUGAAUCGGAAAUAACCUCCAGUGAGACAGAAGAUAGUAAUAUAAUAGAACAUUAAAAUCCCCACUGUGUAUGCAGAUCUUACAAUGUACUUCUUUGGCUUUGAAUUGUUGGGUAUAGUCCAGGGGUGGGGGGUGGGGGCAUAAUUAAAAAAAAAAGGGCUUCCCAUCUUACGACAUGAAAUGGCACACAAAUGUUUUCCAUUGUACACACAGUGCUUUUAUUCUUAUUAAAAGAACAGGAAAUCCUUUUAUGUGUAGGUUUCUUGAUGGCAUCCACUGAAUUCAGUUGGUGCAUGCACUCCACUCCUAAUGUGUACAUCUUCUCUCUCUCUCUCUCUUAUCUAUACCCAAAGAAAUGCCAUCCUGUGUACUCAGUAUUCCUCGCAGGGGUUUUUGUGUGAAGAUAUUGCUACUUAUGUAGAACACCAUGAAUGUCAAUAUUGCCAUGAAUCUGGGAAGGGGGUAGGGAAUAUUUUUAAUAAUAAAACAACUGUUCAAAGUUGGUUUUUUAAGGUUAAUCAAAAAGGAAACAUUUAUUCAAAUCCGUGUACAAUAUGUAUUGCACUUUUUUCACAUUUUAACACUGUUUUUUACAUAUCUUGUGAUUUUAAAUUUGGAACAUUGUGUAUCUUGUAGUGUCAUAGCUAAGCUGCUAAGUGGCAGCUUCCUCCAGCUAAAUAUGGAGAUGUGGGUGGGGUGGGACCUCUGUAUAUUGUUUUACAGUUCUUAUGUAGGAGAGUUCUGAGGACUGCUGUAAACUUCUACCUUUCUGUACAUUUUUCUGUAGUAUUUGCUGUAUACUCUAAAUUUUUAAUACUGUCAUGUUUAUUAUUUAGUAUUGGAUAUCCAAUACACUUUUUUUAAUCUAAUCAAA